ACACACACACACACACACACUCCCACAAACAGACAUCUCUACUCACUUUAGUACUGUUGUUCACCUGGGCAGAAAUGUUGAUGGCUGAGCCAGACUCCGCCUCUGAUAAGAAGCCUGCCAAUAAAACCAAGGAGAUUGGGGAGCGCCAUGGUGGCUUCUAUGACAACUUGUUCAGCAACCACAUGUUUCAAGCUCGUCCAAUCAGCGACGGCUCUGAGGUGCUGUCCUUGAAUGUGCUACUGCUUGGCAACAGGCAGAGUGGGAGGAGCUCUGUGGGAAAUGCCCUGAUUGGGGGAGAGGAGUUUGAAACUCGAUGCUGGGCUUCCGACGUCCCCGGGACAACUGACUGCAGGUCCAGAACCUUCCGGAGGUUCUUCAGAAGGAAGGGGGCGGAGACUGACCUCCGACUGGUGGUGACGGACAGCCCUCCCCUGCCGCGCCCCUCCCAGCGCAGACCCGCAGCGUGCACGUGGGUCCCUGAGAGUGUGCACGUGCUGCUGCUUGUGGUGAGGGCCGACCUUCCUGGUGAGGACGCACAGAUAGCCCGCUUUGCAGAGUCCCUGGGGGGUCCAGGGUGGUGUCACCAUGCUGUGUUAGUUCUUACACAUGCUGACUGUCUGAAGGCGGCGGGUUUAACUCACGCAAGCUACCUCAGCCAGGCACCUCAUUGGCUAAGAACUCUGGCCGACAUGGCGGGAGGUGGGGCCAUAUACAUGGACAACAGCAGUGAUUGGCCGGUGACCAGCGGAGCUCCAUUGAGGGAAAGAGUGUUGAACCUAUCAGCUCACAACCAUCACUCUGUCCUGAUGACAACCAGACUAAAGACCUGAUAUAAUGUCACCCAGCACUCUGAGGACCACCAGACUUAAGACCUGGUAUCGUACGUGUAUGUGUGAACAGGCCAAUAUAUAUGGAUUUAUUUAUUAUAUCCGGGCCUUCGUACUACACAUGUAUAACACAUGUUCACCAACUAGUCUCUUUGCUCUCCAACUAAAUAUUAUUUAACAUUUACCAUUGUGUAAACAAUGUUUACAUUGAUAUUGUUACUUUAAAUUUGAUAUUUAUUAGGUCAGUGAAGGUUUUGGUGAUAAAUAGAUAUAAAUGUAUACGAGUUUCGAAACGAAUAAAAUCAUUUAUUCUCCAACUGAAA